UUCUCUGUGUUUUCACUGUGAGGCUCCACACAACUUUACACCUGAAUGAACGCCAAACCUCUGUGGAUAUAUAAAGGGAACCUUGAGGAGGAAUUUCAGUUACAGUGCAGAAGCAGAGGGAAAGGAAUUAGCCAGCUCCUCAGCCAAGCAAAUCCUCGAGUCAGCAUGCUUCCUCCUGCCAUUCAUUUCUAUCUCAUUUCCCUUGCAUGCAUCCUAAUGAAAAACUGUUUGGCUUUUAAAAAUGAUGCCACAGAAAUCCUUUAUUCACAUGUGGUUAAACCUGUUCCAGCACACCCUAGCAGCAACAGCACUUUGAAUCAAGCCAGAAAUGGAGGCAGGCAUUUCAGUAACACUGGACUGGAUCGGAACAGUCGAGUUCAAGUGGGUUGCCGGGAACUGCGGUCCACCAAAUACAUUUCCGAUGGUCAGUGCACCAGCAUCAGUCCUCUGAAGGAGCUGGUGUGCGCUGGCGAGUGCUUGCCCCUGCCAGUACUCCCCAACUGGAUCGGAGGAGGCUAUGGAACAAAGUACUGGAGCAGGAGGAGCUCCCAGGAGUGGCGGUGUGUCAAUGACAAGACACGCACCCAGAGAAUCCAGCUGCAGUGCCAAGACGGUAGCACGCGCACCUACAAAAUCACCGUGGUCACGGCCUGCAAGUGCAAGAGGUACACGCGGCAGCACAACGAGUCCAGCCACAACUUCGAGAGCGUGUCACCCGCCAAGCCCGCCCAGCAUCACAGAGAGCGGAAGAGAGCCAGCAAAUCCAGCAGGCACAGCCUGAGUUAGAACUGACUCUCAGACUGGACUGUCUGGAAACCAUCUGCUCUGCAGAUCUGAUUGCGUGGAAGACUCGAGACUGCCAUUGCUCUUUCCUCACUUGAAAGUAUACGCUUUCUGCUUUGAUCAGACCCAGCAAGCUGUCCUAAGUAUCAGGACCUUCUCUGGGAGCAGCUUUUCCUUUGCAAGUUUUUCAAGAUGUAAUGAGUACAGUUUGCAUAGAAAGUCCAGCGUCCUGUAGUUUUCAUUCCCUGAAAUUUCUUAAAAGGCAUUGAUAAGGCUCCAUUCCCUAGCCCACCCUUGCCCUCCUCUAACAAAAUCCGUUCAAACCAGAAAAGUACAUUGAAAAAUGUUAUCUUCACAGAACAUUUCAGAAAGAUGCUUUUCCAGUAAUUUUCAUGGGAGCAGUUUAGCAUCCAGGAGUGAUCUUCCUUUGAAAGACAAAGGGAGAUCUUGUGACAUUUCACUUCAAAAAUAAGCCCUGUAGCUUUUUACAGUCUCAGUAUGGAAUUAUACCCUGCAUGUUGACCCUCGCUUGGAAUGGAAUGCCAGAAAUGCAUGGCAGCAGCUAAUAAGUAAAGGCGAUUAUUUAUUUGUCAAUGUUGUUAUUUAAUGAGAUUUCACAUGUGAUUUUUUUUCAAAAUGUUAAUUUUUUUAUGUUUUGAAGUUUUUCAUGUACUUAAAUAUUUCCCAAUAUGAUUUGUGGUUGAUCUAGAAAUAUGAAGAUACAUGUUGUAGAUAUGUAAAAUAAAUAUUUUAGUCUCCUUAUAUAUCACAUGUUUCAUCAUGAACUUCAUUGGUAGCAUGGAUCUUUGUAAAGCUGAUAUAUGUAAUACUUUCUUAUUUAGUCUGUGCAAUCAGAAGGCAACUUGACUUUCAAUGCCAUUUGUUUCUUUUAACAAAAAUAAGCACUGCUAAAUGUUAUUGUCUGUGCCUCUAAC